AUGCCUGCCAGCAUCCCUCUAGACCCGCAUUCGGCGACUUGCCCGCUCGUCACGGCUGCCGGGCACGCCUGCGUCGCCGCGUGCUCCUUUUGGUCGCGAGCACGGCAGGCGCUCGAUGACUCGGGCGCCUUCGACGGCAGCGCAGAUCACCUCGCUGUGUCGCUCGUGCACCAGAUCCACCGCGAUCGCAGCCACGGCCGUCACCGGGCCGCUCCGAAUCAGACGGAGGCGGAGGCGCGCCUGCUGCACGCGAGCGUCCGGUGGCACGACCCGAGCGCGCGCUUCCUCUGGCUAGUCGCCGAGGCCGAGGCGGCAGAGGUCCGCAGCUGGCACCUCCCGCGGCUGACGCUGCUUUCGGUGCGCGAUGCCGACCUGGAUGGGUGGGUGGAGUGCAUCGGCGCGCCACGUGCCCGCCACCACGCUGGUCCGGCUCUCGGCUACCUGAAGCUGCUGCUUCCUCUGCUUGUGCCGCCGCCCGCGCUGCUGACUGACACAGACACAGUCGCCCUGGCGGGGGUGCGUCGCCUCUGGCCGACCGCCGCUGGCCGUUCGCCGCCGGCGAGCGAGGAGGAGCCGGAAAGGUACGCGGAGCAGUCCCUUCUCGUGUACGUGUGCGACGCGGCGUCGCGGCGGGGCUGGCGACAGCGCACGGGCUGUGCGCUCGCGUGCGAGCCGCACAGCCAGGACGAGUACGGCACCGGCUGCAGCCCCUCCUCGUUCCGGUCCUACGAGCGGCCGGCCGCGGCCUUUCACUACAACUGCCAGCCACGCGGCUCGAGAGGGAGGGCGCUCGUCCUGCUGGCGCGCUCAGGCUACCGGCCCGGCGCGCAAGCUGAAGCUCAGCGCACACGCACAAGUAUGGGAGAGAGGUCGGGUCUUCUGUCAUAAGUAUUUCCGAUGUCAACAUACUGUAAGUGUAAAGAGAGAGCACAUGCAAAGAGUGUAUAGCGACUCACAGCCGACAGCGUUGUCUCUCAUCGACCGUGCUCAGUUG